AUGCCAAAUAUCAGUUCCACAUGUGAAACUACCUACAAGACUAAUUUUCUUGGAAUUGAACAAAACGAGACAGCCCUACUAGCUUGGCUCCAGACAGAGGGACAUGACAUGCUUCCAGACUCCCUCUUGACCACAGCUUCCUUUCUAUUUGGAUGGGUCGACACUCAUGACAUUAUGGCUCUCCUUGAUGUAAGCCUCAGAGAGGUCAUGAUGCAGAUGCAGCUUCAGCAAGAGGAGGAUAUGAGUUAUGCGGGAUUCCAUUCGCAGGGGGCAUGUUUAAUGGAAGACAGGAUGCAUCGAGCUCAGAUGGAAAUUUCAUUGUUUAGUAAUGCUAUUGCAAACUUAUGCGAAUAUCUGGAAACUCGAAAUUACCCAAUCAGCACACAGAAGCUGCCCACAGUGAACACUAUCACAUAUGUGGAAGCAUCCCCAGAGCUCAGCCCGAUCAGAUUCAAUUGCUUUGAACCUUCAAAUGUCAUUCAAGACAAAUGCAAUGCAUGGCUUCAUGCACCAUCCCAUUUUCCAGACAUCAUGCAGGCUGAUUCCAACACAACUAGAACACUUGGUUCCCUGAAAGCAGUAGAAAUUUCUCUCGGAUCCGAAGUGGACAUGCUUUCCGAAGCCAUAUCACACAUUUCUGAGUUUGGUGAUGAUGUCACAUCUUCUGGAAGCGCCGUGACACAUGCAUCACUUGUGCCUGACGACUAUAUCGAAGAUGGGUUUGAUGAUUGGGUGUUGACCUUGUAUGCCUCUUCCAAUGUUGAAUUGCUGUGA